UCAGUUUCAGCUUGCCCUUCAUUGGCCGAAGCGGGGAACAGCCCCCGCUUUGCCUACUUUUCAACGGGGUGGAGUUGGAUGGAUGGGAUCAGGGGGGCGGGCGUCUGCGCUUUAAGCGGCCGGUGUUUUGAGCCCAAGGAGUUGUUUGUGGUGACAGUUCAGCUGGGCCGAGUUUUUGCCGUCGCACUUCGGCUGUUAUACAUGUGGCGCUGGCCGCCUGGUCCACCGGUGUCUCUUCGCAUGGUGUCUCCAGGAGCUGGCGGCGUUUGCGCCCAGAAAUGAGUAGCUUUCAUGUAGAUGAUUUUAUAGCAGGGUGGAUAGGUGGUGCAUCUAGCGUUAUUGUGGGACAUCCACUUGACACAGUAAAGACGCGUUUGCAAGCUGGAAAGGGUUACAAGAAUACAGUCCACUGUAUUCUCACAAUCUACCAGAAGGAAAGCAUUUAUGGCUUCUUCAAAGGACUCUCCUUCCCCCUGGCCAGCAUCACGCUCUACAACUCGAUGGUGUUCGGCUUCUUCAGCAACGCACAGCGUCUCCUCAGCCAGCUUCGCCAUGGCGACGCCAGGCGGCCCUGUGGCAUGCUGGACCUGGCGCUUGCCAGCAUGAUGACGGGUCUGGUUUCCGUGGGCGUGGGGGCCCCCGUGGACCUCGUCAAGAUCCGGUUGCAGAUGCAGUCCCAGCCGCUCCUGGCAGAGAGCCUCAACUUGGCAGGAAACGUCUCAGUCCGUGGGGUGGAGCUACAGGGGACACGGCUGUACCGGGGCCCCCUGCACUGCAUUGGCAGCAUUCUGCAGACAGAGGGUGUGCUGGGGCUGUACCGGGGGGCUGGGGCCAUGAUCCUGCGUGACAUCCCUGGAUACACCCUCUACUUCAUCCCCUACAUCCUGCUCUGUGAUUGGUUGACCCCCGAAGGCAGAACCUCCCCUCACCCUUGUUUCAUUUGGCUCGCCGGAGGAUUGGCAGGCUCUGUAUCCUGGGUUACAGCCACGCCCACUGAUGUGAUUAAAAGCCGACUGCAGGCCGACGUCCUUCACCAGCGGAAAUAUGAAGGGAUUCUUCACUGCAUCAACCACAGCUACAAAACAGAGGGGCUACACGUCUUCUUCCGCGCCACCGUGAACGCCAUUCGCGGCUUCCCCAUGAGUGCCACCAUGUUCCUGGGCUAUGAGCUCUCGCUGAAAUUCAUCCGGAGCCUGUAGCUGCUCAGGUGCUCUCCUCCAGCCCCAGGGUUCCACAUUGGUCGUGGGGGGGGGGGGGGUUCGCUGAUGUUGUCCUGACACAAAUAACAGGACAAACUCAUGGGGCCUGUUGUUAUCCGUACAGCAACUACCUUCUUAUGUUAAGAAAGGGUAUGAAAAUAAGGUAAAAUGUUAUUCAUGUAUAAUGUUUACAGUUCUACAGUGUUACAAUGUUUAAGAAAAAAAUGCAGGAAAACAGAUUUUCCUCUAAACAUAUUCAGAGUGGCUGCUUUAGUAAGUCCACCUGAGUAAUACCAGGUCCCACCCCCUAUUGGUCUCCAGGGCCACUUUAAAGGUAGGCGAGUCUUUCUGUACACUACUGUCAUAAUGGGCUGAUAUUUUCACACUUGGGCUCUUCCCAUUAGCUUUCAUGAGUUCGGCCUUUCUUCUCCGAUCCCGCAUUAACAAGAGAUCUGCCCCUGAUCAGUUCCUGCAUCAGCAACACACAUGCCAUUGUUCUUUGUUUAUCAAAUUCGUCUCUGUAAAUUCUAGACAGAGUAGCGUAUGAUAAUGUCAAGAGGGUGUUUCUGAGGUGAAAGAUUCAUGUCCACAAAGUACAAAUACAGACCCAUGUUUUAAUUUAAAUCAACCAGUUGAGUAUAAAGACUCAGUCACUCAGCUGCUUGGUUGAAACAAAACCCUGGUCUGGAUUUGUACUCUCUGGACCCGGAUUUAACACCUCUGCACAUUGGUCCCGCUUGCCUUGUACCGUGCCUGAGCACGAUUGCCCGGCCUCCCAUCCCCACUGAUUUGCACUCACAUUGCGUGUAAUGUUCUGGGCCAAACCAUGCUUUCGUCAUCGUCGUGCAACUUUUUUUGUGUUGAAGAUAACAUAGGAAGGAAAGUGCAAUCACACAGCACAAUGGAGUUUAUCAUUAAUGCCCUUAUUUCAUGAUUUAUUUGGAGUCGUUUCAAGCAUGAUGAUACAGAUUUAUCCAGUAUGCAAGAAAGCGAUUUUUAUUUAUUCAUCCUGCACGCAUAAGACGAUAGUCCCACAUUUUACCAAAUAUCUCAGCGUUUGUGCUAACAAUCACACCAAGGUCAUUAUCACUUAUAUCAUGUGUCAUAACUGCUCAAAUGCUUAGUUGAUAGUAACUGAACCUCUUGACCAGGUCUGCAUGUUUCAUGUAUUCAGUUUCAGCCACAUCAUCCACUGUUGGGUGGGAAAGGCUGUUUGCGUUAACAGACCGGUGUACCUAAUUAACUGGCCACUGUGGUUUUAAGUAUGUUUUUAUAUUCUCCAGGUAAUACUAUACAUAUUGUGUAUGUUGUAACUGCCUGACUGUAAAUACAGCCAAUUAAACGUCAGCUGCAAAUAUAAUAAAACUAUUCUUUACAAUCUAAUUGGUCAGUGAUUACGUAUGCCAGUUUAAUUCACGCAGCUGGUGUAACAAACCUUAAUUUCAGCCAUAAUUCGACUGUUUAACGUGAUUUAACGUGAUUGAUGGUUGAAAAUGUCUUAAUUUAUCUGGAAAUAAAUGCGAUUUCAGAAAA